GUGGGUAUAUAUAUGGAUAUAUACAUUUUAUAUAUAAUAGACAGAGAGAGAGAGAGUUUUUUGAGUAAAAUUUGAGUUUGUAACUGUUUUUUUUGGCAAAGUGGAAUAUGGCUACAAAACAAAUGGAGGAAAUACAGCACAAAUUGGCAACCUUGAACUAUCCAAGGGCAAAUGCACCUGCACAAUCUCUUCUUUUUGCAGGCAUGGAGCGAUAUGCCUUGCUGGAAUGGUUGUUUUUCAGGCUUCUAGGGGAGAAGUCACCAUUCACCCAACAAAAUUUGCAAGGUGAUGGUAUGGAGCGUGAUGAAGAGUCAGCUCGGAUCCAAUAUUUGGCAGAAAUUGCAAGAUUCCUGGGCAUUACGCCGACUGUUGACACAGAAACCAUUCAGGGCAGAGGAAGUUAUGAGAACCGUGCAGAAAUGCUGCGCCUUAUCGUUGAUCUAGUAGAAGUGAGUUCCGCAGCGGACAAUCCUGAGUGGAGUGUUGAUGAGCAGGCAGCAAAGGACAUACAACUAUUGGAUGCUAUCGCAGAGAAGCAAGCUCAAGUCUUUUCUGAGGAAUGCAAGCUAUUUCCUGCUGAUGUUCAAAUUCAGUCCAGUUUUCCAGUACCAGAUAUCUCGGAAUUAGAAGAUAAGCUUUCAGAGCAGACCAAAAAGCUGUCAAGCUUACAACAAAUUGUCAAUGAGCUGGCUUCAAAGCAAAGCUACAAUCCUAAUGAGGACCACACAGAAGUAGAAGCACGAUUGCGUCUGCAAUUGGAAUCCUUUCUUGAAACUGCAAGAUCAUUCAACAUGAUUUACACAAAGGAAAUUCGACCAUGGACUCAUAUGAUGGAGCUUCCACAACUGCAUGGUUUGGGCCCAGCAGCAAAUGAUUUAUUGAAUACCUACAAAGUGUUACUAAAGUUUCUGCGGAACCUCCGGAAUUUGAGGGAUUCAUAUGCAGCGGUUGCAAUUGGGGCAGAUGCAAUAAUUGACAAUGAUUCAGCUUCUCCAAAGUCAUCAUCUGUUAUGAAGAUCAUCUCAGAGUGUGAAGAAGCUUUGACCACUUUGAAUCGUGAUCUUGGAAUUAUUUCAGCAGCUUGUGUACGAGACCAAAGAUCAGAAGCUGCUGAUGAAUAAUAAUUAUUGUUCAAAGGUCAACUUUCUUUAGCAUGCUAAUGCUUCUAACAAGAUUGAUUGGGAUAUAGGGCAAUUAGGUUUUGUAUUGAAAUUGGUUUUCGCAAUCUUUAAAGGUGUAUGAAUAGAGAUAAUCAAUUUCCUGUAGCAUGUUGUACAUAUAUGAUAAAGCUAUUCACAUAUUUGUGAAUAAGACCUGCGCAAGUGAUUGAUUGCCUACUGCUAGAUGCACAGAAGCUCAGCUUAUAAUAUCUACCUUGAUGUUGGGAACAUGCUUAGGUCAUUCACAUCGAAAGUCACAACACAAAAACUAAAAUACAUAAUUAUAUCUUUGAUA